AUGAACGUGGAGCAUUGGAAAGACGGAAAGGUGAGGGAAUCGUAAUCGAGAAUUGACUGGCGGGAACCGAGAGAAAAUGGAAUCAAUCGGGCAGGUGGAAAGAGACGUCGUGUGACUCGGGUAUAGACACAAGUUGCAAAACCGAAAAAUUUGAAGGCAAUUUUUGAUGAACUAGGAAGUUUUGUGGGAAGCCAACUUCAAAAGGAUUUGCGGACUCCGUUAAUUACUGCUUCCCGAGAAAAGUGAAACGUGAUAAAUUUCAAAUAUGGUCGUAUGACUUGGAUCAAUUAUGUUCUAAUAAGUGAGUAACCGAUGCAAAUUCUUCGAAACCCCAGCAAUGAGACAUCAAAAUUGUUUGAAUGAGACGACCGAUUGAGAGAGCUUUUUUUUGUCAUAUUUUUAUUGAAAGUUGAAGCUAGUUGAAGCAUUUGACUAAGUUGGUUCUUUAAAAAGUUUCACCUUACUACUUUAGUUCCACGUUCAUUUUUUGUGAGUUGAAAAAAGUUCUGAAUUUUGAGUCAAGAGUUUUCACAAUUUCACGUAGCAAACUCUGGAUUUUCUUGAGGAAAAACAGAGCGAAUCAAAAAGGAAGAGACACUACUUUUCCAGGCUCUGAAACCGUUCCACCAUGAGCAGGGACAGGAAGAGAAAACAGUCGAAAUCGGGAAUGCCGACAGUGAAAGAGGUGCUGAACAAGUGCCUGAGUUCGGCGACUACGAAAAGCACACUCAGCGACCAAUGUUCCGCACCGCAACAAGCGGGCCUCGUGUCAUUCACAUGUUCCAUUUUUUCCUAGUCUUGUACCCCACCGUGAAAAAGCCCGAACUUUUCUCGUAUUCCCUACUUAUUUUCUGCUACUCAAACACACAGUGAUUCCUUUCUAAUUAAAUGAAAAUGCUGAUCGUGCCAGGAAAAAACGAAAAAUGGGAAGCGGAAGUACCGAAAGAUCGUCUGAAUGGAUUAUUUUACGAGGCUCUAAUGCGACAAACCUUUCUCACCAUUGGAAAGAGAGAUCAACAGGCGAUGAAAAAAAUGAUUUAACUGGUUAUAGAAGAAAAAAAAUCAGGAUUCCCUAUUUGAAAUUCCAAAAAAAUAUGCAGUGUGGCAAAACGGUUGUGAUGCGUUUUUUUGCACAAAUUUGAAAGUUAUCAUUUCUGAAUUUUUUCCCAUUUUUUUCCAAUAAAAAAAUUGGAUACCUACAAAAAAAUAACCGUUGGAAGAAUGAACUUUCAUUGAGAAAGUUAUUUAAAUUUAAAAAAACUUCAUUAAUGUAAUACAACUUAUUUUGCACAGAAAACGCAUCGCUAUUCGAAUUGUAAACUUUGAAAUAUUUCCCAUAAUAUGAAACUCAACAGAUGAGCUUCACGAUAUCCAAAAAUUUUUCUCUUCUGGGCCAGAGUUCGGUUUUUUUAUUCCGAAUAAAAAAAUUGAUUUUAUAAUCAAACUUAAAACAGGAAGUGUUCUAUGGAUUAUGUUUUUUUAAAAAAAUAAUUUCAAAAAAACUCUUGUUUUUUUAUAAAACUCUCCACAAAGACGUCUGAACGGCUACUUUUUGAAUUUUUCCUUCUUGUGUGAGGUUCUUCAUUGAACCACUGCUACUCUCAUUCAGCUAUUAAAUUGUCCCUGCAGCAAAAAUGAAAAAUUAUGUCACAGAUGAAAGUAAUACAAAUAAAAAGUUAUUGCUAAAUUUCUUUUUCUUAGUGAAUGAGUCAUUCUCACGGAAAAGAAGAGCUUCAGAAACAGAGAGUGGCAUCUGAUGUUGAAACUAAAAAAAUGAAAACGAGCGAAGCGACGCUCCUAGCAACGCAUCCUGGCAAACCAGGUUUUGCUAAAUCCGUACAGCACGGCGACCUCUUCCUUCUGAUCCUUCCUCUUGUUUAAUCUCAUGCCCUUUUAAUUCUUUUACGGCGGGAGCUGGCCGGUUCUCGCAUAAGGGACUAGAGUUAUUAGUACAUAAUCUGCUAGGUGACCAAGAGAAUCAUUUCAUCUGUUAUAAUAGUUUCUCUUUCGACUUGAAAGAAAUGAAAAACACGAUCUUAUAAUCAUCGGUUUCUAAAAAAAUGAGGUCAAUUUUGUCGGAUUAGUUUUUCUUCUUUUUUUUUUGAAUGAUAUUUGCUGACUUCAAAAUAUCUCAGAUUCUCAUUUCUCUAUAAAUCAGAAAAAAAUCAAUGAAAAAAAUUAUUAAAGAAUUACAAGCUUUUAAAUAUAACAACUUCCAGUGAGCCAGUAAUUUUUUUCCCUGUUUUAAUGUUCUACUACUUUGAAAAAGAUGAAAUUAAAAAAAACUCGUAAUACAAACAGAUAAGAAAAAAUCGUAGCUGAUUCACGAAGUUCACAAAGUCAGUCGUGUCGUUCUAAAAAAAAGUUAUCUUUUGUGUGAAAAAUUCAGUUUCCUUUCUUCAACUUUCCUACAACAGCAGUACAAAUGUAAUAGUGAAGAAAAAAAACAAAAAGAAGAAAAUUGCAGUGGUAAAAAACAUGAAUGGCGGCAGAUGACGUCAGAAGCGAAAAAAGCACGAGUCGCGGCACGGAUCGGACAGGCCGAACUCUCCAGACUGCCGACGUCUUCGGAAACAACACAACAGCUACUGGUUCAGGUUUUUUUUGCAUUGAGUACAUUUGGACAGUAUUUUCCGCUAUUUCACGACAAGAUGCGUCGUGGUGUCAUAAAAUCAUUUAUAGUUGAUUUUCCACUGCUUCGAAAAAACUAUCACUAAGGGCUCAGAGCUCGAAAAAAGAAAAUUUAAACAUCUCUCAAGCAUUUCAAGGCGUCUCAAAAAUCGAAGAUCGAUUGUCAAGGGCUCUGAAGAGGCUUGGUGUCUUAUAGGUGAAAAUGACACCACGAAGCUCCAAGGCGCAGAGAGGCAAUAAAAGCUUUAGUUGAAAACUGCAGGUAGAAGAAAAACGUCGAAAUUUGGACAGACGUUGCAGCGAGUAUGAAAAUAAUCUGGCUUUGGUUGGCAGAGGCCAAAUACUCAACGAACAGUUGAAUUCAGAGAUGGAUUUCCUGACGGUUAGUGAAGACUUCCCAGUAAGCCUUCUUCUUUUCCUUUUUAUUAUCUGACCUACUAUAGUAUUUUUCGUUCCUGGUCCCUGAAGUGUUUGGAAAUAAGAAGAAAAAAAGCUUUCUUUUCUAAGUAAAUAUCACACGUUUGAGUAUAAAUUAUGUAAAAAAAUUUUCAAAAAAAUCGUUUUUCUACUUAACUCUUUUUAUGAUUUGAGAUGCCCUUUUCUUAUCAAUUUCAUGAAAAAGAGCUUAUCAGCGGUUCUCUUAAUUGGUUUUUUCUCGAAUGACGUCACAAAUGCUUCAUAUCUCAAAUACUAUCUAUGUAUGAAUUUGACCACGUGCGAAAAUACAUCGCUAACGGAGGAUUUCAUUUUGGGGAAGGGUUUCAAAAAAAUUAGAUUAUAAGAUUGCUCAAAAUUCAUUCAAUAGUGGGAUGCAAAUAAAAUUCAUAAAACGGCUAUAUUCAAGUGCUGCUACAUUCAUUUAAAAAUAUUAUUUUUUUAGGAUAAAGUUUCAAAUUUUGACUUUGGACCUGGGUAUUCAGGAAAAUCAAACGUUCAAAACGAAUUAAAAAAAUUCAGUAAUUGUCUUAAAAAUAUUUUUUUGGUCAAAUUCAGCGUUGUAGUAACCAUUUGUGUGAAACUGAAACUGAUUGAACUAUAAAAGAAAAAUGGUUAGCGGAAAUCAGAUAAGUUUAAUUCCAGUUGCGAAAAGUGAAAAAUGUUAUCUUUCUGAUUAACCAAAAUAUUUCAGAAGCAAUUUCAAGAAGCUCAAAAAGGCAACGUGAGGUUGAAAGGUCAAGUUGAAAGUUUGGAAAAAGCUGCAAAAAAACGAACCGAAUCGGUGGAAAAACUCGCAGGACGGCUGGCAGCUGUGCAAGACGAAACGCGGCACGUCGGCUUCCGUUUGGAUAGCGAAAUAAAAGAAGAAAAGGCACUGCAAAUGCGAUGUGAGCCUUUUCCUGGGAACGCCCUGCAAUUACAAUUACCUUUUUUUCUCUAAGUAAUUUGAAACUGAAACUUCCGAAAAUUAUGAAAUAAACAGAACAAUUCAUCAGAUCGAAACGUCGAAACAAAAGUGUUGGAAGCAGAGACUUCUUCGUCGAAAAUUGAAGCAGAAAUAGAAAAAGUGAGAAGGAAAAUUGAAAAAGAUUCUGAGAUCGAAACGGUUUGUCUUUUUUUAAUUCUUACAAAUCAAACAACUUUUCAGGAUUUCCAAAUUUAUCUGCAACAGUUGAAAUCUGCUGAUUCUUGGCUAAAAGUCGGGGGCAAACUGAGAAACGAAUUUUCUCGGACAUCUAAUGACCGGGUAGAUCUUCAAAUUAUUACUUACAAAUUCACUCUGCCCCUGCAAUUUUUUCAAUCGAUUUAACUUCAUAAGGGGAAAAAAAUUUGAUUCUAAGGGUUCCUUGCUGUUUGAAGUCCGAUUUAAAGUUUUUGAGAGUUGAACGUUUUUUAUGUGUCUUCUAACUACCACGAAAAACAUAAAUUGGAAAACAUCAAUGAAAACUUUGUGAAGCCCAAAUCGCUCUCAAAAUGUUGGAAAUCGUUGAAAAAACGUCUUUUUUGCUAGAUUCAAAAUGGGAAGUCUGAAGUUACUUUGGCCCAUUUUGACGAUUCCUGAUCUGAUAUGAACACUAGAGACACUUUUUCAGGUUAUCAAACUAUGAUUCAUGUGAGAAAAAAGAAGUCAAAAGAAAUAAAGUGCUCAAUUAAGCUUGUGUGAACAAGAAUUUUCCCAUAGGCUUUUUUUUCAGACGAUGUCUACGCAAUCUUCAAAAAGUUAUCAAGAAAAACUUCCGUUUAGCGUUUUGCCGCUGGAUUUGUAAGUUGUACUAUUUUUUCUAAAUCCUUGAAUGUCGUCAGGGAUUUUUUUUUCAAUGAGUCAUUUAUUUGUUUCUGAAGCAGAAAGACAUUGCAAGAAAUUUCAUUAUAAUUUCCGGUUGGGAAUAUGCGGAAAACUGGUCAGAACACUCUUUAAGUUACCAGAAAAGAUUCAAAAAAUUUCCUCUUGCACAACUUUCUGUUUCUUGAGAAAAGACACCUCAAAGACAAAGGGAUCCCAGCAACUACAAAAAAAAAGCUAUUUUUGAGCUUCGAGCCCGUAUUUCUUGAAAACUAGGAAGAUGAGACGAUUGAAACUUCCAAAAUCUUUUUGAUACAUCAAUAGGUGCCUUGGCUUGUUUGCAAGGGAUUCUCAACCUCGAAGUGAUAGGACCUCCCUUAGUAAUAGAAAAUUUAAGUUUCGGAACCAACCAAAACAGUGGAAAAGAUUUAACAAAAGAAAAUAUUUGCCCAGCAGGAAUCACAACAAAAUCUUUCGGCAGCUCGGCCACCCAGGUGACAAAAAUUUAUCUCAACGAGACAUUGGCAAACAGGUGCGGCGCAAAGGCUUUGAAACUGAAAUUUGUUUUCAGCUUAGGAAAACGCAAAAAUCGCCAAGCAACGCGAGCUCAAAGCCCACUUCAGAAUACAACUCGCAAGCUCUUGAGGUUUUUCGUUACAACUUUUACUCUUCACCGAUAGGUCAAUAUUAAAAAAUGAGUUCCUCGAAUUUUUGGAUUCAUUCUUUAUACAUCAAAAUUUGGAGCUGUACUCCUCUAUCAGCGCAAAUUCAAAACUCCUAAACAAUUUAAUUUCAGAAACAUCAAAGUUUAAACGAUUUUUCGUUGAUUGAAGGCCUGAGCAAUUUGCUGGAGGAUAACAAUUUACUUCGAGCGCAAAAUGAAAAAGUGGAAGUUCUAGUCAACGUGCUGCCUAAGUCGGAUUACGCUAUGAGAGUGAUACGUUUCAGGAAAGAAGAACCCAUCGAGAAGAUUUAGAGCGAUCUCUCAAUAGACUCCCUGUAUCAAAAAAUGAGCAGAUUUCGGGACGAAGCUCUUAUUUGAAAGCAGGGGCCGGAUUGGACGUUAGUGAACAACUUUGAAACGGUGCCUUGCAGAGAGCCAUUCAAAGAGAAGAAUCAUGUGAUUUUUGACUGUAACUAACUAUAACGGCGCUCACUUUCUAUUUUUACCCGUGACUCGGCUUUUUUCGAGCAAACAUACUUUUUCAGAAAGAAAAGGUCGGCGAGAAGAAGAAAAAAGAAAGCAUCAUGCCAAAGAUUUGGGUAGGCGAAGAAGUUAGCAACCUGCUGCUAACGAACGGAAAACUCGAGGAAAAGUUCAAAGUUUUAAAAGCUUUGCGAAGGGAAAGCGAUGAGGUGUGGCUUCAAGUAGAAAAUAUAGAAUUUUGGAUUAGAAACCGUUCUGCACUUUCUCACCGAGAGAUCAGUUCGAAAAUGAUUAUAUCAAAGUUAUUUGGUAGACAAGAUGUCGUGAAUCUUAUCAAUGAAAUCUGCGCUUUUUAAUUUAUUGAUUAUUAAGGGCAACGAAAAGCUGGGAAGGGACAUAGAAAUUUGGAGAGAGAAAGUUAAUGAAAUUGAAGCCGAAAUCAGCAGACUUCGUAUGGAACAGAAUGAAGCGGCUGAAGCCAAUCAACAUCUGCGUGCGGAGUUGGCCGUUUUGAAGCCUUACGGUAAGGAUUAUCGUCGUCAUUGGAAUGUCUAAAUUUAAUUUUCUCUGUAGUUUAAAAAAAAGGAGAAAAGCAAACGGCAGGUUUUUUUCUCUCUGAAAUUCUCACGAAGCUCGAUAAAAAGCAUACAGAUGACGAGUACCAGAAAUUUGACACCCUGACGGAAUACGAUCGGCAACUCGAUGGAAAAAUGCAAAACUCGAUGAAGGUUGGAAGUUUUUUUUUUCAAAUAGGACGAAAAGUGCAUUUUGCAUAUUCAGACCUAGCCGAAAAGGGAACAGAGAGCAAUGAUGGUACACGACGAGAGAUCAGAAGAAUUAAAAUCUUUACUUUUCUGCUCACAUUAAUUCAUGUUGACCUACUUAUUUUCACUUUUAACAAGAUAAAAAAGUCAUUUUUGUAAGUAAUUAAGAAAUUGACGACGUGUCUGAAAAACAUCUUUCAUUAUUUUUUUAUAGUCCUCGCUAAUUUUAGGUGAAUGAAUUUUUCAAAUUUGCUCAAUACGGGCAAAAACGUUGACAAAAAAAUGCGAAUAUUGUAAAUGCAAAACUUGAAGUUUUUAAAUUUUUGUUUUUAAUUAUAAAAAGUUUCAAUCAGGACAAUGAAAAAAAUAAAUUUGAAAAAUUGUACAGAAGUUCCACUUUUUCACCUUGAAAUAGCAUUCCUCAUAGUAAAAAAAAAAGUUCUCUUGAGUUUUUCUUGAGUGAAAUCUUGUGUUCUCGAGAAAUUCAAUUAUUUCCUAUUUGUUUCAGAGCGAAUUUUCUGAGUCCUUGAAAAAUUUGUAUUCUCUCACUUAGAAUUAAAGUUUUAAGAAGUUCAGAAAAAGUUAAAAAUUUUUUUCCAACUCAACAAAAACAAAAAAAUUAUAUAAUUUCUCCCUUCUGUGCAAUUUACAAUCCUCUAAAAUUUUUCAGAGUUGGGAAAAACUGUCUUUGAAAUUACCUUUUUAAUUGAAAUUAAACAGACGAUUUCUAAAUAAAAUUUGUUUGAUGCAUAUUACAAAACCAGAACUCUUAUCGCCGAAGGACUUUUUACAAAUGAACAUCAGACUACAGACAGGAUGUCUCGGAAAUGAUUCCUACAAAAUGAUAAGCCAAAAAAAGGCUGCCGAAAAUUCAUUGACCCAUUUUUUUUCGAUGUCUCGAGUUAGGAAUGAAGUUAAUAAAACUGCAAAAGUUUGUAAAUUGGAAAUUCAGAAUUGCGUGAUAAAACUUCAAAGGAAAAGAGGUUGAAAAAAUCGAAAUGGCCGAGGAACUUUGCGAGAAAAAGAAGAACAAAAUGAACAGAAACGUGGAGAAGUUGUGACGGGCUACAGUCUGCGCCACGCCGCGCUCUCUCCAUGAUCAGCAGUGUUUCCUCAAACCCUAAGCCAAACAUCUAGUUGUGAGCGACGCGCUUUCGGGAAUUUCUCUCAGCCGGUAUUCGCUUCUGUUCCCACACGGCAACCUCACCGAAAGAGCUCCGAACAGCCGGCUGCACGUGUUUCUUCUCUGCUCCUGUCUGCAACUCGUUCAUUUUCCCCUCUCGCCGCACUAUUUCGCAAUCUGCUUACGUCACUCUUUAUUGAUAAAACCAGAGUGCCGUUGAGUUGGACUGGAAAUUUAUAUGUGUUGUUGCGUUUUACAAUUUUCAUAAUGCCGGUUUGAAAAAUAAUCGUUUUUUUCAAACUUUUUUUUGUAAACAGCUACAAAUCACAUUUUAUUUGUCAUGACUCUUUGAAAUGUCUAUUUCGAUUUUAUUUUCUUUGCAAAUAUUGUGAGAUAGUUUGUAAAUUUUCUGGUUGUUUUUUUCACACAUUUUCACACGUUUUCUCAUGUUUUCAAUUUUUUUAUUGCUAAUAGUUUGAAUUUUUCAUGCUUGUGUUGUCAAAAAAACUCAUCUUUAAAAAAACAUUUUAUUUUUGAUUUUUCACACCGAGUCGAAAAAAACCUUCUCUUUUGGUCCUGAAUUUUUUUCAGAAAUUUUUUUCAGCAUGAUUUUUUUAGUUUUUAACAAUUUUUUUAGGAUGAGUUUCAGAAUUUUUGGAUCGAACAACAAAAAUUUUUUUCGAUUCCUGAAACCUUCCGUUUAGACUUUUAAAAAUUUCGAAGCUCGAUUUCAGAGAAGAUCAUUGGGCGACCAACAAGAGAAAAACCGAAUUUAGCCUUCCAUUGAGUACACACCCACGCACAAUAUAGAACAAUACUGGGUAGGUAUUUCGUGCUUAAUUGAAAUAACAUUGAACUUUUAGCGGAGUGUGAGCAUGAAAGAACAACUUUCACGGAAUAAACGCUUGCCAUUUACAACUUCUUAAAAUACUAGUUUAUAGUAAGUAAUUUUCAGCCGAAAAAAAAAAACAAAACGUCACACAAAAAACAAAUUCCGCAAUAGUCUAUUGUGGAAAAAUCUAGAAAAUCCAUUUUGAACUUGUUUUGGUUAUAACUUUCAUAGUUUCCAACGUAAUUCUCCGAGUUUUUUUUGUUUAUUCGAGAAACUAUUGGAGUGUUUUCAUUCAUUCUAAGCGUCUUGCAAAGUUAAAAGUUUGAUAAUUGUGACUUUUUUUCUUUUCCUUCAUUAUUUAUAUUUUUUUCCAGGUAUUCAUAUAAUGAUGUCAAUAGAAGGACCACCAACUCAAAAGAGAGAAGAUUUCGCGGCAGAACUUUUGAAUGAAGAAAGUGAUCAAAUGCAGGCCGCUGAAAACAAAGAGGUUCUCACUGAGAACUUCUCAGAGGAAUAAAAAAAGAAAAGCCUUUCCAGAUAGUUCAAUAUCUUCCACGAAACGUUUGCCCUUCCAUUUGCGUCGUUUGUGGUGACAGCGCGACAGGAUAUCAUUAUGAAGUAAGACUGAAUUUAAAUCAAAUAAAAGGAUGCCGUUUCUUUGACAGAGAGUGUCAAGAAAAAAAUAUCGAAAACAAUUUUUCAAAAAUUCAAUUUUUUUAAAGACAUGAAUUGAUUUUUCAAUGAAAGUUUCCUUAUUUUGAGUUUUUUUUUUCAUGGUUAUCACUGUUAAAUAAUGCAAGUUUAGUGAAAAAUUGUUGAGAUAUUUUUAUGUUAUUGACUUUUUCCAAAGAGGGAGGCUGAAAGAGAUGAGUUUUCCGAUUUUUUGACAUAUUCUUGUUAUUUCCACUUUUGGAUCAAACCAUAUAAAGGUACCAGAAAUUUAACAUCAAAAAUUAUGUGGAGAACUCAAUCCUUGUGAAAGUCGAGUCAAUUCAAGGUUGGUUUCAGGUUCCAUCUUGCAACGGAUGCAAAACUUUUUUCCGUCGAACCGUCAUGUCCCAAAAAGUGUACGAGUGCCAGAAAAAUGGAACUUGUUUUAAAGUCCCCCCAAAAGGUAUUUCCAAGUAUUUUCAGUUAAUCUUUUCUCCUAAAUCAGAACGAAGGUGUUCGUGUAGAGCUUGUCGCUUCGAAAAAUGUGUCGAAGUUGGGAUGAAUCCACUUGGUCAGUGGGAAAAUUAUAUUCCAGUUAGAAGCAACAAUUUUCAGCUAUCCAAAGAACAGAAGAGCUAGAGGACAACAGCAUGGUGAGAACUAUUUUGAGCAAAAGACGGAGAGAUGAAACUUCUCAGAAACCACGAUCUUUCAAAGUUUCCAAUUCUCAAAUCGUAAUAUUUUUUUCGAAUGUUUAGGUCAUGUCUGAUAUAUCGACAAUCGAAAACUCGCUGAACAAAGUGAUUGAGGGCCUUUUAUAUCUCGAAAUAAAAACAGAAAAAUUUCGAGCCUGUUCUUACAACCCCAAAGCCUGGAGUCUGCCUUCCCUCAAAGAUUGCUUGGAUUCUGCAAGUGCGAUUGCGUUUGCUGAUGAGUAUCAAGUGAGUUUAUCAAAGUAUUCAAUAUCUGAGGUUCAAGGCUUGAUAAUCGGUUUUAGCCAAUGCCUAACUGGCCGUUGAAACAACUGACAAGAGAAGAUUUAAUGGCUUUCAAAGACGGAAAAAGAUGCCAUCAGCAAAAAGAAAGGUUUCAUAAAUGGCAUCCGUGUAUUCAGAAGAUAUUGCUGCAGAAAGCAUUGGUUCGCGUUCGACAUUCUGACGACAGUUGAAUACGCAAAAACUUUCAUGUUCAUGCACAAAUUAUCUAAGCUGGACCAGGUGGGUUUUCAAACUUUUUCAUUUUGAGCAGCUUCUUGGAUCAGAAAGUAAUUACAGAUAGUGCUUCUAAAAGCCGUCGUUCUGAUGUGUAUGAACUUCAAUGAGGCUUUUUUUUCAUACGAGAAGAAAUCCGACAGGAUUUUCUAUCCGGAUGGCACGUUUCUACCUACUAAUCGACCAGCGUGAGAACAUUCAUCUAUUCUCAGAAAUUUAGCCAAAGCUGGAGUCUUUUUUUAUGUCCAUUUGAAAAUUAAAACAAAAGUUAGAGUGUUGAAAAGUAUUUUGGAAGUUAUUGAAUUAAUCAUUUUUCGAGAAUUUGAGGUGUGUGAAGACGAAAUUCAGAUUUUUUUUUAUCUCAUUUGCGCUGCCUGACGGUUUUUAAAGCUUCCAUGCAAAAAAUUUCGUUCACAAUGCACUCAAAAAAAUUGCCAGAACAUGAAGAAAAAAAGCCUUUUUUUUUGAACUUUGAACCUUCAAAAAUUUCAGACCGUUUAACGACGCUCAUAGGACAAUAUAUACAAAAGCGAUAGGAGCAAUAAUGCGGACGCAGUUGAACAAGCAUGAGUAUGUGCUUGUGAAAGCAAUUGCCCUUUGCAAUCCAGGUUUGUAACAAAUAGCGUUAUUUUCAACAAGUUUGGUGUUUGAAGCUGUCGAGGGACUGAGUCAGUACGCGCAGAAGAUACUGACGACGGAAAGACAGAAGUUUUCCAGUGCUCUUCUUUCCUAUUGCCUGGCCAACCGAGGACCUUCUCACUACGUCAGCUGCAUCGCUCUCAUUGACUCAUUGGAAAACCAGCAGAAGCUCCAGAAAGAUUUUCAUGUUGUACUCAAAAUGACUCGUAAACCUCAAUUCGGUUGUUCUGUUCUUGUUGACGAAAUCAUGGAGUAG